CUCCAUCCAGCAAUUUGAGAUCAGUAAUUGUAAAGCGGAAGCGGAAGUCAAAAAGCGGAAGUUCAUGUGAAUCUUAUAAUUCGAAACUUGAUUACAAAUUCACAAUUUUAUAAACAGCUGACAGCUGUGAUAUUAAUAUGAUAUCAAGUGCUGGAUAUCAAGUUUCAGCUACGGAAAUAGCUGUUUUUGGUGUUUCCCAAAGCGGCGAUGAAUAUAAAUAAACACGGCAAGUGGCGGAGUGUUUUUGCGGUGGAAAGACCAAAGAUUCGCACGCUGAGCAAAGAAUAAAAUUUAAUAUGUAAGAGCAAAUACGAAGGUGCAAGCUUGCAGUUUGGUUUCGACUUGAAUAUUCAACACAGACUAAAAAUGGGGAACAUAAUUCCCCUCGAAAGCCGCAAACGUCAAGAGAUCGAAGGUGAGAGGUUGAUAUUUUACAUAUUUUUAUCCCAUUGUGCUAGAUUACGCGUAUUUAUAAAAUAUUCGCAAAUUGUUCUGUGUGUGUGUGAAAAUAACCGUUUAUGUUCUAUUGUUCAUAUAAUUUAUUCAGUAAACUUUUAAUACAGUACAAGUACAGAGAAUGAUAGUAGCAAUUUGGUAUAUGUUUUGCCUUGGCUUGUCCGGGGGAAAACUCAUUCGAGUUCGAAAUCCAAAUUUUGGAAUUACAUAAUAAAACCUUUCCAUUUUCAACGGGACAAGUAAAAUUACUUCCCAUGUUUCAGUACUGUAUAAAUUAAUUUUUGUACACCAUAUAAAAGUAUCUUGGUCGAAAACAUUUUAAAAUAUGCAUGUUAUUCUGAAAUUGGGUAUACAAAGUAUUGAGUUACCAAACUAUUGUUCAGACUUGAACUUGUUUAUAUAAUAAACUUGCAUUUUCUAAAUAUCAUAUGGCACAUUAUAUAUUAGAAAUGGCAAACUUCUAGUCUGAAAAUGUAAGGAAAAAUGUUAACAUAGGCUAAUUAAAAGUUCUGCCUUGUUGGUAAAGUGAAAAUUGUGCUUUCUUGGUUUUACAAUAAAAUUAGUGUUUUAAUGUAUCGCAAACAUGUGGGUCCAAUGUAGAUAGUUCAAAGCAAUUAUGAUGGUCGAAACUUAGAAUUGCCUAGAAACAAUUAAAAACACUUUCAGUUCUCUAGUGAAGCCGGGAGGAUAGUUUUUUCAAAGCAGGAAGGGCCGUCACUGGAAAUGACGAAAUGUUUUCAAGUGAUUUCCGCAUCAAGUGUCAGAUAAGGUAGCUUGAACAAUAGUUUAUAAUUGACCUUCACUGCUGGGUGCCAGUCGAUAUUGACGUACACCAUGUAUGCCUAUUGUCCCUACAGAGAUGUUGUUUGCCAAAUGUUGUAUGCAUGCAUGAACAGCACAUGCUUCAAGCAUAUGCAAAAGUGCUGACUUGCUUAAUUCCUGGUUCUGUGGAAAAAAUACCUGGGUUUCAUAUUUCUUGUUGCAAAAAUUUUCACUUCUUGGUAUUUUUUUAAAACUUAAAACUUUUUGGUAAUAUUUUUUAUAAAUGCUCAUCACUUUACCCAUUAAGUUGCAUCGCAACCUGAUACGCUCUACUUUAUUAUAUUACUCCCUCUAACACCAGAUGAUUUACUUGUCAAUUUGGGCAGACUGUUGGUGCUCAAUGGGUUAAUAUUAUAUCUGCUUUAAAACAAACAGGUUCUACUUUUUAUUUCGCUAGCACAAAUCAUUAAAUUGCAUGGCAUAAUACAUACUUACAUUUUGCCGGUACCAUAUGACCUUACCAAGCCCUGAAGGUAUUCUAAAGUCAAAUGAAAAGUUAAUGAAAAGUCAAAACAUUUUAGAUGUUUAUAAGAAAUCAUACAUAAAAGUCGGUAUAUGGGUAUGCAGUCUGACAUGUCUUGAAAUGCAGAAUUAUUGGACUGAUGGGACUAUAAGCCGGAAUGUACGUUGGAGUUAAUUCUAGUGUUUGUGCAAUUUUGCAUGCCAUCGUCCUUCCCAUUCGAACUCGUAGUUUCAGAUUACUGAAUGAAAUACCUUUCAGAAACCUGUACUUUAUGUAUUUCCAGGGCUGCAAAUUACUGUCGGACAUUGGACAAUGUCCAACUAAAUUUGGCAAAUGGCCGAGCAAAAGUAAUUUUGAUCGGACAUUGGUCUGAUCACGAAAAAAAUUGUCACAUUAUACAUUUUUUUGCUGUGACAAAAUCCGAUUGCAAUCCGUUGCGCCGGAAUGGCUAUACAUACUUGUCUCGUGACUGACAUAUAUCUUGUAACGUAUAUAUGUCCGACCAAAUUUAUAGUGGUGUUGGUUUUUGUCCGACUAAAUUCAAGUUAUGACCGACCAAAAUUCAAAGUGAUCAGACAAAUGUCCUGUCAAGUCAAAUAUUUAUUUGCAGCCCUGUGUUUCAUUUUAAAGACUAAAGUACACCUUGAACCUUAAAUUUGCAUUAGCCCAAGUAUGAGGCAAUAAUCACUGGGGUACCGGCCAAGCAGAUAAGACUAAAUAUCUGCAUGCAGGUAAAAAAAAAACCAGGGUAGCUUUAUUGUCAAAACUUCAGAUAAAAAGAUUGGGAUAAAAGAUUUUAGACUUACAGACAAUAGGGAGGGUCAUUUUUUUGCCUAUACUAGUUAGGUUAGAUUCUAACAAGAGGUCAGACAAAGCUGUAGGUAAUUAAUUGAUUUGUGUGCACUUGUGCAAAUUCAGGAAGUUUUUAUUUUAUUAGAUUGCACAAAUAUCACCUUACUUUAAAAAUACCAUCAGCUAUUAAGUUCAAAGUACAAGAACCCUGGAGUCUAAGGCACAGCAUGUACCAUCAUUUAAUUAAUUAAGCACGAGUUUACAUACACAGUCAAGCAUUCAAAUCUAAUGCAAUCAUGCUGGGCUCUGCAGACAGCAACCAUUUAUUACUAAGCAAAUUAGGCAUCUGACAAUAACAAAGGAAUAAUAAGAGUUGUCACUCCGGAAUAAGAAAAACAAUUUUUUUUGAGAUAUACUGCAUAUGGUAACUCAAUAAUGGCAAUUUUGUUGAUUUAAUGAAAAUAACAAGCUGCCUAAAAAUAGCCAAUUUUUGGUGAAAUGUUUUCUUAACACCCACAUGACCAUACCAUGUAUUUUUCCCAAAUUGUGACCAAUAACAAACCAAGGAAUAAUAAGAGUUGUCACUCAGAAAAAAGAAAAACAUUUUUUUUGAGAUAUACUGCAUAAUAUGGUACCUCAAUAAUGGCAAUUUUGUUGAUUUAAUGAAAAUAACAAGCUGCCUAAAAAUAGCCAAUUUUUGGUGAAAUGUUUUCUUAACACCCACAUGACUUAAUGGAAUAAUGCCAUGUAUUUUUCCCAAAUUGUGACCAAUUACACAAACAAUUUUAAUUUAAGUGAAAAUUAGGCAAUUAUUGCAGAUCGACCUAGCUUGCAUGCGUGUCCACAGCACUUUGAUCACGGCUUCUAGCUCUUAAUUAAGUUGCCUCUGGAACUGAUGAUUUAUAAUGUCUUUAGUCAAUGGACCAUUCCCCAAUUAACCAAAAUUUUGAACUCAACAAGUCUAGACAAACAUUUCAUCACAGCUUGAAAGAGCAUCACAAAGUUAGUAAUAUUCCCAAUUUUCUUUGCAAAAUGUUGUAAAAUGCGGAUAAUAUAGCCUUGCGAAAUUUGCAAUUUUCAGUCAUUUUACAUUACAAACGGGAAAUGGUUACCACUUCUGUGCGUAAUACAAAAUGACUGAAAAUUACAAACUUCGUAAGGCUAUAUUAUCCGCAUUUUACAACAUUUUGCAACGAAACUUUGGAAUAUUACUAAUUUUGUGAUGCUCUUUCAUGCUAUGAUGGAAUUUUGUCUAGACUUGUUGAGAUCAAAAUUUUGGUUAAUUGGGGAAUGGUCCAUUGGCUGUUUUAUCUGCUAAUGAUCUGUUGAACCUGUCCAGAUGGACACCUCUCUCUAGGGUAUCGAUCUGCAGUCGGCAUAGUACAAAACAUGGACUGGACCCAAAAUUGGACUCCAAAUUGGACCCACAAUUAAUUGGACUCAAAAUUUUAGCCAAAAUUUUGCCCAAAAAUCCAUUAUUUUUUCGGAGAGAAACAACCCUCAGACUGAUAUCGUGCUUAAUUGAUUUAAUUUGUAUAGGCAAAUAACUUCACGUUCCAUCACUUUUCCUUGACCUAUCUAGCUAUUUGUCUUCCAAAAUUCUAUAUAUAUAAUAUUCUAUUUUCUAAACGUUAUCUAGGGUAUGUCGUAAUUCGUAAAUAAUAAACCGCUUUGUGAAAUAUCUUUGCGCAAUGGUCACAAAUACAUCACAUCGAUAUAAAUCAUUCCAUCAAUGAUGUUAACAUCAAUAUAUAGUUAUAUUUUAAUUAUAUACAUUUUGCGUCUGUAUUAUUAAUACACCCUCUAUAUAUUCCGGCAUAUAUAUCCUCUAACGAGUAACGAGUUCGCAAAGUUUGUUUUGUCCAUAUAUUCUAAUAUUUAUCGCAACUAGCUAUAUGUGGGCUUAUCAUUAUGCAUUAAUUUAUUCUAUUUUAUUAUCAUAAAAUAGAAUAUAGAAUUUUGGAAGACAAAUAGCUAGAUAGGUCAACGAAAAAUGAUGGAACGUGAAGUUUUUUGCCUAUACAAAUUAAAUCAAAGCACGAUAUUCUGAGGGCUGUUUCUCUCCGAAUAAAUAAUGGUUUUUUUGGGCAAAAUUUUGGCUAAAAUUUUGAGUCCAAUUUUGGGUCCAAUUUUGAGUCCAAUUUUGGGUCCAGUCCAUGGGUCCAGUCCAUGUUUUGUACUACACCAUCUGCAGUCAGUCUGACGGUUAAUUUAUCGAUCAUCACUCCCUUUCGAAAAAAUUCUAAUAGGAAUUUCUAUUGAAAAAUGACCAUGAUGGAUGCUUCUAGCUAUAGACUAAAUUUUGAUCUAGGCACGAAGAACAAAGAGUGGCCGCGAAAUGUUGUAAAAUGCGGAAAAUAUAGCCCUGCGAAAUUUGCAAAUUUUAUAUUAAUUUGUAUUACGCGCAGGAAAAUGCACCACAUUUGGGCCGAAAAAUUUCGCAGGGCUAUAUUUUCCGCAUUUUACAGCAUUUCGCAACCAAACUUUGCAAUUUUACUAAUUUUAACAUGCUCUUUCUAGCUAUGGUGAUGGAUUUUGUUCUUGCCGAGAUCAAAAUUUAGUCUGCAGCUGGAAUCGCCCAUUUCAAAUGGAAUUUUAACAGAAAUUUAAACUUUAAUAAACCUUUCUUAUAAUGACGUCAAACGCGGAACACCAAUUUAUGCAUUGUCCCACAGGUCAAUGCAAGUCUUGGCAAGCCAAUACAUUUCAUAAAAAAAACAUCAUUUGCAUUGUCACUUGGCCGGACAUCGCAUUAAGAGUUUUUCCGCGUUUGACGUCAUGAUAAGAAGGUCUAUUCACUAUUGAGUAUUGGAAUCCAAUGAACUUCGGACAGAAAGAAUCAUUCCAAUAGACCUUUCUUAAAAUGACGUCAAACGCAGAAAACUAAUUUAUGCGGAAAACCAAUAAAUUUCAUAAAAACAGCAUUUGCAUUGCGAAUUGUCGCAAUUGUCCCUUGUGGCAUCGCAUUAAGUUUUUUUCCGCGUUUGACGUCAUUAUAAGAAUGUCUAAUGGAAUUGGCCCAAAUUCCAAUUCGAAUUACGAUCCCAAUUGGAAUACCAAUUGGAUUUUUGCGUGGAUCCCCUCAGUCUUUCACAUUUCAUAGCAAAUGCAAGAUCUUUCACAGCAGGCCUUAAAGUAUCGGUCGAUCAUGUCAUUGUCUGACCCAUUCAUGAAAUUGUCCGACGUAGAGAGGAAACCACUGGACAUUCUGUCCUACCUAAGUGAAACUGAGGUUUAUUGUUUGUCCGACCCGAAAUCCCGAAUGAAUAGACCUUAGGCAUAAUGACGUCACAAGGCUUUAUACCCGCGAGGAAUGCUAGUCAUCGCCCGGGAAAAUUAAACAGUUGAAAAUGGCCACUAUCGAUAUUUUCGCGGGCGAUGACUGCUAAGACCAGCAUUCCUCGCGGACAUCCUUGUGACGUCAUUAUGCAUAAGGUCUGUUGGUGCAGUCUGACCUAAUUGUAAAUCAAUCAAUUUACAUGUACCCUAGUCCAAGACUAGAGGUUAUUAUGUUAAAAGGAGAAUCAGAGUAAUGCAGAAAAAGUGAACUGGAAAUGUGUAAUCAGGUGCGGGGUUUUCACCGUGUGGUUCUGAAAUUUCAUUCAUUACCAAGAUUCAAUUCAAAUGACUUUUCCAAAUUGUGCUGAUAUUAAUUUGUGUCUGCAUUCAUCAGGGCUCGAAAUAGCGGGCUGCCAAUGGCCAAAAGCAGGCCAUAUUUUAGAAAUGGCAGGCAAAACAAAUUUGAACUGCCAGUUAGUCAAAAAGAAAUGGCAGGUGAAAUUCUAUAGAUAUAUUUCAUUUCAUUUGUUUACCACAACUCAUAUAUACUAGAUCAUUUAGUUGACUAAAUACGUUUAUAUUUGAAAUGUAAACGAAGUUUACUGUAGUAUAAAAAUAGACAAGUUUAAAAACAAUAAAAUUGCAUAUCAUGAAAACAUUGAUUUUUACAAUAUGACUCAUAUGAGACAUCGCCAUUUUGGCAGUUCAAUGAGUAAAAAUGGCAGGCUAAAAUUAAUUUCACCUGCCAAAAAAUUUUAGACCGUGGCAGGCCAUAUUUUUUCUCUACUUCGAGCCCUGGCAUUCAUGCAUAUUUCCAAGCCAAACUGAACUCAAAGUCAUCAGACAUCACAAUACAUAUAUGUCCGACCCAAACUCAAAGUCAUCGAAAAUUUUUUCAGACGGUUCUCUGACUGACAUUUUAAGGCUUGCACAGCCCUUAGCAAAUGCAAGAUCUAAUCACUGUUAUUUCAUUAAUGUGAUAGAUUUGGCCAAUUCCAUGUUAGAGACAUUCGCCAGUGAAUACCGAACAGUGUAUGGUUGUCAAGUGUUUACAUCUCAUGAAGAAAGUGACGAAUAUAUGUUUCCAUUCGCACUCAAAUUUUCUCCAGUAAGUUGGAUAUAAUUACGUUUUUGCAAUAUAAAUUUCAUUUAAGGUUACAGAACAACCUAGAUCGUCCAAAAAAAUCGAUUUGGGAAGUUUUUUAAUCAAAUUUAAGUAAGUUACAUUGUUUUGUGUAACAACGUAGGAUUACACCACUGUGCAUAGUGUAUACUAUACUGAUAUCUUGUUAUUAAAAAUGCUGACAGCUUGCAAUUUGUUAAUUAACCUAUAUGUUACAGUGGGAAAGACUAGAUUAUCCUAUCAAGAAAGGCUACCUCACAAAACAGGGUGUUAUAAGAAAAACCUGGAGAAGAAGAUUUUUUGUUGUCCAACCGAACUACUUGAUUGAUUACUAUGAAAAUGAAGAGGUAUAGAGCUGAUUGGCAUUCACUUAAAAGACCUUAAAACAUAAUUUAUGUAAUGGAAUUAUGUAACGAAAUUUUGAUCUAGGCAAAAAGAACGACAUCCAACACCACACCUAGAAAGAGCAUCUUAAAAUGAGUAAAAUUGAAAAGUUUGGUUGCGAAGUGUUAUAAAAUGAAGAGAAUAUAGCCCUGUGAAGUUCGCAAAUUUUGUAUGUAUUUGCAUUACGCGCGGGAAAAAUAACCAUUCUUGAGCGGAAAGUGGUUAUUUUCCCGCGCGUAAUACAAAUAUAUACAAAAUUUGUGAACUUCACAGGGCUAUAUUUUCUUCAUUUUACAACAUUUCGCAACCAAACUUUGCAAUUUUACUCAUUUUAAGAUGCUCUUUCUAGCUCAUUUUAAGAUGCUCUUUCGGGAUUUGGUUGUUCUUGUCUAGAUCAAAAUUUCCAUAGCUCAUUAAAGAUCGAUAUUUUUUUAUGAUAUGUUGCUAUUUUUUAAAACCUCUUUGAUGUAUCAGGCGUAUGAAAAAGGGUUAAAACCAAAAGGAACGAUCAAUCCGUGCGGCUACAGAACCGUCAGUAACCUGGAAGAUGAACUGACAAAGCGACGAAAGAAAUUGGCUGCCAUGUUAGGUAACGUCCGUGCUGCAUUUAGUUCAUUAUUGGAUUUGCAUAAUUGUCAUUCAAUAUCUACGUUCACCAUAAACACUGCAUAAUAUCCCUAUGGAAGGUACUCAAAUACUCUCUUUGGAAUUUGGAUAGUGUUGCAUUUUGCCUGCCAAACAGCUAAAGGGCGCAAUACACACCUCAGGCUCAGCAGCGAUUCCCAAUCACGCAUAUUUCCCUAGCAAUUAACUUUCAUUAAUAUAAAACCACAUCCAUUCGGUUGAUAUCAGGCAUGAUUUUUUCGGUCAGCAUCGAGAUUUCGAAAUCACUUGAUCUCUGAGCUGAUUUCAAUUGUGACAUGGAAAGUAGAUAGUGUAUUGAUUUGUACUAUGUUCCAUAGGAGUUGCUCACCAAGAUUCGCCAGAGAAAUUUCCCAAACACAUAUUUGGUGUCGUUCAUGAGAAAUUAAGAUCUUACUUCAUCCACGCUGAUAGCGACGAGGAAAAAUUGGAAUGGGUUGAGAUGUUUCGGCUUUGUUGUGCUUGUGUAAAAGGUACUGGGUUGGAUGACCAAACAUUAGCUUGUUUUAUAUAAUUAUUAAUAACUAUAAGAAUUCAAGCGCUUUCAUUGGUCGAGAGCCAUGAUCUAUUAGAGGGCAGACGCACGGAAUUACGUCACACAAAACUCUUUGUUCUGUGCUGCAGUUAAUCACAACACAGAACGUGACUUCAGGUAGCCAAUAGCAUUCCCUUAUCUGUAUAGAUAAUGUGCGCGUGAUAUUUGUAAAAUUUGAACUUUUUCAAAUUUCCAAAUGUUUGGGUGGAUAAAAUGCAAGCUAUUUAUUUCAUUUGGUGUUUUCUUUUUAUUGAAAAGCCAAUGGUAGUGUCACUUAAGAAAGGAGAAAUAUUUCAACCUUGCAUGCAAUGAUAGUAUAGCCAGCUGAGUAGGCAACUAUUAGUAUAGUACUAUUACUAGGAUUAGGCCACCCCCCUCCCUCCCCCCUACUUGCAGACAACCUUCAGUUUCGAACAUAGAGCUCAGAGUUGAAUGCUAAUGGCGGGAAAUUUGACCAUGCAAUAGAAAUCCUUGAAAUGAAGAUUUCUGAAGUGUUCAGUUUGCUGUUGCUUCGCCCUAUACUGUACUGUAGUCUGCCGCAUACUGAGAUUAUGAUAGUACUAGCGUACAAAUUUCCCAAACCAAGCACGAAAGGGCAUAUGCGUUCAGUAUCAUGAAAAUUAUUUGGGAGCUAUUCAGUAGUACCACUAAUCCAUGCUGUAUUCUAUAAACUUACCCUUUGCUAUCACUCUUCACUCCUAGGGUUUAACAUCGUUGAUCCAAUCUGCCAGACAACGUUCAACAAGGCCAUUUCGAAGACUUUGACAGCGUACGCUAACCCAGAAUAUCACAACUACAGGGGCCCUGAAGAAAAGGUUAAAAUAUGUAACUUUAAACUUUGGUUCGAUCUUGUUGACCAUGGAAAUAAUUUUGCUAGAAGACCUAAUGCAGGGCUCGAAAUAGCGGGCUGCCAAUGGCCGAAAGCAGGCCACAUUUUAGAAAUGGCGGGCUAAAACAAAUUUGAACUGCCAAGUAAAAAAAAAUGGCAGGUGAAAUUCUAUAGAUAUAUUUCAUUUCAUUUGCUUACCACAACUCAUUUUGUUGACUAAAUACGUUUAUAUUUGAAUUGUGAAUCCAAGUUGAAUUGACAAGUUUAAAAAUAAUAAAAUUGCAUAUCAUGAAAACAUUGAUUUUUACAAUAUGACUCAUAUGAGACAUCGCUUUUUUGGCACUUCAAUGAAUAAUGGCAGGCUAAAAUUUAUUUCACCUGGCUGCCAAAAAAAUUUAGACUGGCAGGCCAUAUUUUUUCUCUACUUCGAGCCGUGCUUAAUGCUAUAAUUAUAAUUGCAUUUCAGGUGAUCUGUGAUGUGGUCACAGCUGAGAUUGAUUGCAGAUUCAUGGUUGAAGUAUGUGGAAAUGUAAAAGGAAACUUUGCUGCAAAGAUGAAAAUCAGAGAUCAAGUAUGUUG